AUGCCGGUCCAGGGCGAGAUCGUACACCCCGUCAUACUGAAAAUGCUUGGAAACCGUGUCUUUGCCACGGGCCUUCCCCGCGAGGAUCGUGAAGACAUCCUACGGUCCUCGAUGGCUUGGUUCACCAACCCUCCACUCUGGGCCGACCCCCAGCAUCCUGAGUUCUGCCUCCAGGCCGCCUGGAAUUGGCUAGUGGAGCAACUCCCCACGACCGGCGAUGCCAGCCAAGACGGGUUAAGCCCUGACUCCUCAGAUGACGACUCCUCAGAUGACGACUCCUCAGAGGAUGACUCCUCAGACGAUGACGGCAGCGGCGCUGGCUUCACAGGCAGUGUGGGUCGUGAAGAAACCACCAAACGCCUUCUUGUCAAUGACAAACAUGAUCCCGUCGCAUGUUUGCUACGCGAAGUCAGUUUGCGCCUCGAGAAGAUCCACUUGAUCGAAGGUACAGCUGGAGCCGACACUACCGCCGCUGCCGACGCCAGCCCUCCCAAGGACGAUGGCUCCAUUGGCAUUGCCGACCAUACUAGCACUGCUGCCAACACUGAAUUUCCUUACGACGGCAGCAUUUUCGAACGCCGUCAAGUGACGACCCACGUCUUCAACAGUGAUGACGAUUUCCAUCAACUCCAUCUUCACCUGAAUGAGCUGAGCGAUUUCGCGAUGGAAGAGGGCCUGGCUAGGGACACCAGCCAUGAGGCUGAAGUCCUCCGCACCCGGGUGCCAGGUCUUCCUCUCUUUGGCGACAUUCUCACCUGGAAAGGCUUCUACAACGUUGCAUGCCGAUCUUUGCAAGCCAAAGUAACGAUGUUUGAACGCAUCGCUUUGCGCAUCCUGGAAUUGGAGAGUUGGAUCCAGCGACACAUCAGCGCUGGGCACAAGGACCCACUGGGAAUGUUGCUCUUCUCGCGCCCCGACGACGCUAGACUCCAACUUCUACGAGACGCCGGAUUCCUCUUCCUCCCCCUGCUUGUCAUGGCCUACCAGGGUUCUAGCACUAGGGUUGGACGCGUGAACCCCCACAUCAACACUGGCACUAGCACAGCUGCCAACGCCAGCAUUUCAGACCGCAUUGCAGACUUGAGGUUCCUCCUAGGCGACAACACCAAACUCGAUCAACUCAAUCUUCACAUGGAGAGGGUGACUAGCUGGGCUAUUGAAGCGGGCUUUGCUACGGAUACUAAUAGCGCGGUUGAAUGCCUCCGCAACAAUGCGGCAGGAUUCUCCAUGUUCGGUGACUUUGCCGAUUGGGAAAACCGUGGCAACGAUGAAUGGAAGCCUUGGUAUGCCUUUGUUCAGCUGUUCGAACGCCUCGCCGUCCACAUUCUGGAGCUGGAGAACUACAUUAACCCGCACACCGCGAUUGAGAUCCAGCAAAUCAACUUCAGGCUUCAAAACGCAUACGUCUCACCCACGGACGUCGAUCAUAUCCACACCCUGCAACGUUCUGGAUUCAGGUACAUCCCCAUCUUCAUUCUGUUCUGCCAAGGUGCCGGCACUAGGGCUGGACGGGAGAACGCCAACGCCGGGCCCAGCGACACGGAGCUACCCCGCCACGAGGAUCACAUGGCAAACAUUGCUGACGCCCUCUUGGGUCGUGGCACUCAGCCAUUCCUGGACGACGUUGUCAUGCAGAGGGCACACGAUGCCGGAUGGUGA